CCGCGAAAGGUAGCGCCUGGUCAGGGCGCUGAGGGGCCCUCCACCCGGGACGCUGGCCCCUCCCCGGGCUCCUGCUCUCUUGCCCGCCCGCGAGUCCGUUCCCCUCGUCGGCCUCUCGGAUUAGGCACGUGGGGCGAGCUGAGAGCAGGCCCGGGGAGGGUGGUCACCGCGGAGAAGCCCUGGCUGUCAAGAUGCUAGAGGUCCUGACAACUGACUCUCAGAAACUGCUACACCAGCUGAACACGCUGUUGGAACAGGAGUCUCGAUGUCAGCCAAAGGUCUGCGGCUUGAAACUCAUUGAGUCUGCACAUGACAACGGCCUCAGAAUGACUGCAAGACUAAGAGACUUUGAAGUAAAGGAUCUACUCAGUCUCACUCAGUUCUUUGGCUUUGACACAGAGACAUUUUCCCUAGCUGUGAAUUUACUGGACAGAUUCCUGUCUAAAAUGAAGGUACAGGCGAAGCAUCUUGGGUGUGUUGGACUAAGCUGUUUUUAUUUGGCUGUGAAAUCGAUUGAAGAGGAAAGGAACGUCCCAUUGGCCACCGAUUUGAUCCGAAUAAGUCAGUAUAGGUUCACAGUUUCAGACUUGAUGAGAAUGGAAAAGAUUGUGUUGGAGAAAGUGUGUUGGAAAGUCAAAGCUACUACUGCCUUUCAGUUUCUGCAGCUCUACUACUCACUCAUUCAAGAGAACUUGCCCCUGGAAAGGAGGACCGAUCUUAAUUUUGAAAGACUAGAAGCCCAACUUAAGGCAUGCCACUGCAGGAUCAUAUUUUCUAAGGCAAAGCCUUCUGUGCUGGCAUUGUCUAUCAUUGCUUUGGAGGUCCAGGCACUGAAGUAUGUGGAGUUAACAGAAGGAAUAGAAUGUAUUCAGAAACAUUCCAAGAUAAAUGGCCGAGAUUUGACCUUCUGGCAAGAGCUUGUAUCCAAGUGUCUAAGUGAAUAUUCAUCAAACAAGUGUUCCAAACCCAAUGUUCAGAAGUUAAAAUGGAUUGUGUCUGGACGCACUGCACGGCAACUGAAGCACAGUUAUUACAGAAUAGCUCACCUGCCAACAAUUCCUGAAACCCUUUCUUAGUUGGUACAUCUGGCUGUUUUUCUCUGACUACAGGAAUUGUUCCAGUGUGAUAAUUUUCUGCUCCAACUGAAGAAUUGAAAUACUCUCUACAGUAUAAACAUGGGAUUAAAACAGUAAAGGGAAAAUGACUUUGUCGACCUGGUUU